CAUGAAUCGAAUUCUCAUCAUUUUGCAUUUGUUUCAAAAUUUUCCGUUAAUUUAGAAUUCCUUAAAAUUAUUGACGUUCACUGUUUGUCCUAUAUUUUUUGAAAUUUGACAUCAUAUUCAAUCGGAUCAGCCAGUCAGUCAACCCAUAUCAAAACAGUAAAUAGUUUUUUAAAGGAAAUUCUACAGCGACGAUGGAAGGUUGUCCAACCGAGGGAAAAGGGGAUGCUGCGAAUCACAAAUUAUUAGGGAUGCCUGAGAUACCGAAGGGUGACCUCCAUCCAAGCGAUGACGAAUUCCACGAUUGCGAAACUGAUGAGGUGGAUACCGUAUUAGCUCGAAAUGUAGAAACAGAACUCAGGAUUGAGGACUCCGAUACCGUGCUAAGAGAAGAAAGUCCAACAAUAUGUAAUAACAAUACUAACCCCGCAAGCGAAGAUGACAAAUUCGAGGAUGUAGAAAAAGAAGAUCUAGACCCCAUGUUGGACGAUUUUGUGGAUGAGAACUUUUUAAAAGAAGAGGAGUCAUUGUUGACCUUGGACCAAUUAGAGAAAAGAUUUCAAAGUGCUAAAGAGUUUAAAGAGCAGGGAAACACACAGUAUCAAGAGGAAAGGCUGGAAGACUCGAUUAAAAGUUACACAAAGGCGCUUCAACUGUGUCCUUUGAAUGAAAAUGAGUACCGAGCAAUCCUAUAUGGAAAUAGAGGGGCUGCAAAAAUUAAAUUGGGUGCAAAAGAAAGCGCAGUCAUGGACUGCACCAAGUCAUUAGAGCUGAAGAAUGAUUAUAUGAAGGUUCUCAUUAGACGAGCAGCAUUGUAUGAAGAAAUGGAUAAAUUGGACGAAGCUUUAAUAGAUUAUAAGAAAAUUUUCGAGAUGGACUCUUCUAACCGAAUAGCAUAUACGGCAACUCAAAGAUUACCACCUCUAAUUAAUGAGAGAAAUGAAAAGCUGAAAGAGGAAAUGAUGGGAAAACUUAAGGACUUAGGAAAUCUGGUUCUUCGGCCAUUUGGUCUUUCAACUAAUAAUUUCCAACUUCAACCAACCGAUGCAGGAGGCUACACAAUAAAUUUCAAAAAAUGACAUGCAUAUUUGUAUUUAUAUGUGUACAUGUAUGCAACGCUAUACAAACGACAGAAAAUAUUCAACGCUUUUAACUUCAUCAAUUUAUUACCGAAAAUAAAUAAAGUUUCUAUUCGCAGUUUUCAA